AAUAGUCUCAAAUUAGCAUAUUAGAAAUGAUUAGGAAUUCUAUGUCAGUGUGAGCUGUUGUCGUUGUAUCGUUAACAUCAACGACAAAUAGAAUCAUUGACGAAACUUUGCUAUAACUAUGUUUGAGCCUAUUAGUCAGUGGUUUUGGAACGAGAAGUUUUGGCUACCUCCUAAUAUUAGAUGGGCUGACUUGAAUAACGCGAAAAGUAGCAUUCGUAUUCCGGAGACUCACGACUUGUAUGUUGUUUUCCCAUUGACUCUUUUAAUCAUCUGUAUUCGACGUGUAUUUGAAAGGUUUAUAGCUCUUCCAUUGCUACUCAAAUUUGGUCUUAAAGAUCGAAGUGGGGUAAAAGUAAAAUCAAAUCCCAUGUUAGAAAAGGUUUACAAAGAUUUAACAGGCACACUACAACAGCAACAGGUUAAAACUCUUGCAUCCAAGUUGGGUUGGACUGUAAAGAAUGUUGAAAAAUGGUUUCAUUAUCGAAGUAAUGUGUCCAAGCCAUCAAGGUUGACAAAGGCGAAGGAAUCCAGUUGGCGUUUUUUCUUCUAUUUUUCAAUAUGCAUAUUGGGAACCAUAGUUCUUGCAAAGGAAGAUUAUUUAUUUGAUUCAAGACAUUUUUGGAUUGGAUAUCCAAAUCAUGAUCUUCAGGACGGUGUUUAUUAUUAUUACGUCAUUGAACUAUCUUUCUAUUCAGCUUUGUUGAUUUCACAAUUCACUGAUGUAAAGAGAAAGGAUUUUUGGAUUCAAACUAUUCAUCAUUUAGUCACUAUUUCUCUACUUGUAUUUUCGUAUUCUUGUAACUUUGUAAGAGUUGGUGCUGUUAUAUUAUUGGUUCACGACACUACGGAUAUUUUACUUGAGUGUGGUAAAGUGUCAAAGUAUCUUAGUUCGGUAAUGGAUAUUCAGAGAUUUUGUGAUCUUAUAUUUGGAAUGUUUGCAAUUGUAUUUUUUAUCAGUAGAAUCGUCAUACUUCCAUUUUGGAUCAUUAGAUCUGCUUAUUUUGAAGCCGCUACAAUCUUUAAAGAAACGUGGCCAAUGUACUAUUGUUUUAAUGCUUUAUUACUUGCCCUGCAGACAAUGCAUCUUUACUGGGGUUAUCUUGUUGCCCGAAUGGCUUAUGUAUUUUUUGUUGAAGGACAGGUUGAAAAUGAUGCUCGCAGUGAUAGUGAAGAAUCUUCGACCAACGAAGAAAAUAAUAGCGUAUUGGAAAAUAGUUUUACUGAAAAGAGGGAAAUAUUGAAUGGAAAGAAAAAGGUACAUUAACUACGCAUCAUGAUUUUGAUCUGCAAGGCAUUUUACAAACCAAAAUGACAAAAAAUGGGCAUUCUUGAAGCGCAGAGUUGAAAACGCUGUGGAGAAAAGUCGUAUUUGCAGAUAAUGGAACUAUUGUAUUCUUGUAUGUCAAUUUUAAAAAAGUCGAAAGAUUUUUACUUCUUUUGCAA